AUGUGUAGUGCCGGUGAGAAGGUUCACGUUCCUAGCUUUCUUCUCAAAUUGUGGACGAUAGUAGACGACUCUGCAUUUGAGAAUGUGAUUCGCUGGACUAAGAGUGGACUCAGCUUUCAAAUAGUAGAUGAAAAAUCAUUUGUUGAACAAGUGCUUCCAAAAUAUUUCAAACAUAGCAACAUCUCCAGCUUUGUACGACAACUCCACAUGUAUGGUUUCAGAAAGGUGAGUUCAGGGGAGAAUGACAAAUCUAGUGAGGAAAAAUUCAGCAUUGAAUUUCAACACCCACUGUUCCAAAAAGGAGGAUCAAGUCUUCUAAAAAACAUUAAGCGCAAGGGACCAUUAAAAAUCGGAGAAGUCAGAAUCUACUAUGAUGAGGUACAGAAAAUGAUGGCUGAAAUACAAAGCUUAAGAGCCAAGCAAGGCAAUGUGAAUUCCAGACUGGCAGAACUGGAAAAGGAAUAUGCCACCCUUUGGCUUGAAAUGUCAAACCUAAGAAAGAAGUAUAGUGAACAGCAGAAUCUCUUAACCCAGGUUCUACAGUUCAUUGUGAAUUUGGUUAAUGGAAAACGAACAGAAAAUACUAACAAGAAAAGGUCAUUGCAAGCCCUAUCUGGACCAUCAACAUCAAAAUGUGCCCGACAGUAUUUCCAUUUUCCAGAGGAGAAGGAGGAAGCUAUGGAAAUGGUAAACGACGGUUACACACUUGUUGAAGAGGAAUAUAAACAUCUUCUGGACAAAACUUUAUUUGUUUUGAAAGAUGAAUCUAAGAACUUAUCUUCAUCGACAGUACAAAUAAAUACAAAUGAUAGAAAAGAUCAAGACGUGUCAAGUCAGGAUGUACCUAUGACUGAAGACUCCCUGACUCUGAAUUUGAAUUUUCCUGUACUGUAUUUUCAAGAAUUACUGCUUGACAAAUCCUCUGGACAGGAAGCUAAAGAUGAUUCUUUGGACUUAGUGUCUUUUCUUGAGAAUAAGUCAAUCUUGAUGGAAGACAAAUCAGACACUCAGUGUUACAUUUCAGAAGAAAGGUAUACAGUUUAUUCCUUCUCUAAUUUAGGGGACCCUUUACCUGUCAUUAGGGAAAAUGUUUAUUCUGGUAUUUUUUCACAGUCUGGAAGAGCUAAAGAAAAGCAAGAUAGCUGGUUGAUUCCCCACCUCUUUAUUUUUCAUUUAAGUGAUGAAAUGCACCUGCACUGUAUUGAAGGAAACCUGGCUGAAAUAUCAGGAAAGGAAGUGAAUCACAACUCUGAACAUGUCAGCAAGAAUCUAAGUCUGAUGGAAAGUAAAGAAGAUGACAUAAAUGGAACUAAUGGAGCAAAAGACAAAUACAUGAUAGAACACAAGGAAACCCCCCUGUUUUUCCUGUUAGAAGAGGUGCCCUUAAGCGAUUGUCAAGAAAAAUGUCAAGAUUCUAAUGACUUUGUUUUGGAAGAUCUGAAGAACCCAUCAAAUGUCUUAUCAGAUGUUAUACCUCAGAAUACUCCCUCACAAGAAGAUACAGAAAAUCAUGUUGAAAACAUGAUACCCCAGUUAGAUCUGGAAAGCAGUGGAGGUUCCAGUGCACUCCCCUUGUUCUUUCUAAGCCCUAGUACCAGUUUUUUUGAAGAGUGUGUUGAAACUGAAUCUUCUCCUUGA